UAAAGUUAUACGUGGAUGAUACUAUCGCAGCCAUACCGGAGUCGGAAGUAAAUAAUAUCUUAGAGUUAUUUAAUAGCUUUGACAAUAAUAUACAAUUUACCAUGGAAGUAGAAAAGGAUGAUAGUUUAUCUUUUCUAGAUGUGUUAGUCAAAAGAUCAAAUGAUAAAUUGAUAACUGAUUGGUUUGUCAAACCCAUUAGUUCAGGUCGGCUAUUAAAUUGGAAUUCAAAUCAUCCUCGGUCUCAGAAGAUAGGUAUGAUAAAAGGUUUACUUGAUAGAAUGACAAAGUUAAGUAGUAGUGAUUUUUAUGAAAUUAAUUUUAGUAAGAUUCGUAACAUAUUGUUGAAUAAUAAUUAUGAAAUACCAUUAGUAGACAGUGUUAUAAAUAAAUUUAAAGAGAACUUAAAUAAUAAACCAAGGAGUUUGGUCAACUCAAAUAAUAAUAACAUUAGAUAUUGUCGGUUUCCUUAUAUAGCAGAAUUAUCACAUAAAUUAAACAGAGUUUUUAUAGGAACUCAUGUAAGAUUAGCAUUUUAUAACAUCUUGAGAGUUAAUUCAAUCUAUUCUAAGUUAAAAGAUCCAGUAAAUAAACAACAACAAACUGGAAUAGUGUAUAAAAUACCUUGUUCGUGUGACUUAUGCUAUGUUGGACAAACUAGGCAGUAUUUGAGUAAUAGAGUAAAACAACACAUUUAUGAUUGUAAAAAUAUUAAUAUAUUAAAAGAGAAUAAAACAGCAUUAGCAACCCACCACUUUGACCAACAUCAUAAUUUUAAGUUUGAUAAGAUAGAAAUCUUGGAUAAAGAAAUGAAUUGGUGGAAACGUAAUGUUAGUGAAAUGAUCUUUAUAAAAACUAAUGAUACUGUGAACAAACGAACAGACACUAACAAUUUAAGUAUUUUAUAUAAUGAUAUAUUAAAAGAGUAUAAAUCUAAUAGAAAAAAAUAACCUUCAUUUCAGAUAUAUUUGAAUUUGAUACUUAGCGAGGUUUGCGCUAGUAUAAAAUAUUGUAAAGUAUAGUCUAUGUACUGAAGUUUCAAUAGUGGGCUAACCUUUGUCACGCAAUUAGCAAUUUUAUGUGUCGUGUUGGCUUUGUUUCCGGAAUCAAAAAAUAGUAAUUAAAUAAUUUAGUGGCUUUGUAGAUUUGUAUUAGUCUCUGAUGUCUGAGACAAUUGUGCAGUGUAUGAUAGAGAUUAUUUAAAUUCAUAUUAUGAUGCCUGAUGAAGGUCUAAUAAAAGACCGAAACGUUGCUAAAAUAAUAAUGUAAUUUGUUAUAAUAGUCCUAUCUUGUCCACAUUCCUGAGAUACACGAAAAAUAUUUUAUAAUAAUUAUGGACGACAAUAUUGAUAAUAGCAAUUUACCGAGGGGUUUUUUUCAAGUAAUGAGAAUUGCACAUGGAGAUGAAGUAGUAAGAUCAGUAAAGGAAUGGUCGAAUAGCAUAAUUAAAUUGACAUCAUUACAUAACAGAAAAAUUUUCUUACUAAAAUGCCGUACAAAUAAUAUUAUUCCUAAACAUAUCAGUAAUAAUAUGAAAUGUAUUUUAUCAUUAAAUAUUGAGGAUCAUCCUUUUAAGAAGAUGUCGGAUAGAUUGAUUACGGGUUUUCAAGGUUCGAUAUUGAGUCUGGAGAUAAAGGUGACACUAUGGAAAUUAGAGCAACAAAAUAAACGGAUAGUAGACAUGGAGGAUAAAGUUAAAGGUUUGGUCUCAGAACAGUUAUUUAGAAGAUGUGUGGUAAUGAUCAACAAAAGAUAUGAAUAUAAUUUUAAUAAGAUAAAAAAUACCAACAUUAAAAAAUUUGAUAUAUUAAUUAAACAAAAAAUAAACCGUCAUACAUUAUCAAGCAAGAGUAAACAUAUUUACAAUUAUACAGAUGUACAGCUACCAACUGAAGUAGAAAUGAUAUUGAACUUAGAACCUAAGUUUGGUAUAGAAAUAAAAGAAAAGUGGAAGGUGAUACCAACUGUGAUUAAGGAUUUAGAAUUUGGAAUUGAAGCUGUACAGUUGGAUGAUUGUAACGAUGAAGGAAAAGAUAUUGUUAAGAAUAAUUUGAGAUCUAAAGCGAUUAAUGUAAUUUCUAACUAUUACAAAAAAACAAAAACAAAAAAAAAAAAUGAUAGACUAAAUCAUACAGUAUUAAUAAAAAAUUUAUAUAUUACUCGAAAAUUUCUAAAAGAGAGACCGGACUUAAUAAUUGCAAGAGCGGAUAAAGGGAACACAACAGUGAUAAUGUUAAAAACUGAGUAUGACACUGAAAUGAGAAAGAUGUUGAAUGACAAGGUGACAUAUAAAUUACUGAAAAAGGAUCCUACAAAUAAAUGGCAAAAAGUUGCAAACAGUUUAGUGAACAAGUUAGUAGUAGCAAAAAUUGUUGAGGAACAACAAGGUAAACAUCUGAAAGCAAAGUAUACUGUUGCACCCAGGAUUUAUGGUUUGAGGAAAACACAUAAGGAGACUUGUUGUUUGCGUCCAGUGGUCAGUUGUGUUAAUUCCCCGAGUUACAGCCUGGCACGGUUCCUACAUGAAAUACUGACUCCAGUGAUUGAGAAGUUUCAAUAUAAUGUAAAAAAUUCAUUUGACUUCGUGACAUUUAGUAGAAAGGUUAGCUUACCGAAGAAUUAUGUACUGAUUUCAUUGGAUGUAGUGUCAUUGUUCACGAAUGUACGUCGUGACUUGAUUCUUAAAGUAAUUGAGGAAACUUGGGAUAACAUGAAGCAUUUAGUAAAAAUUCCUAAGAGUGUGUUAGUUGACCUCAUUACGUUUUGUUAUGAUUCAAGUUACUUUGUAUAUCAAGGAGAGUUCUAUGCACAAACGGAAGGCAGCAGUAUGGGAAACCCUGCAAGUCCAGUCAUAGCUAACAUCGUUAUGAACUAUGUCAUCGAUCAGAUAUUGAAGAUUCUACCGUCUGAAAUUCACUUCUUAAAGUUAUACGUGGAUGAUACUAUCGCAGCCAUACCGGAGUCGGAAGUAAAUAAUAUCUUAGAGUUAUUUAAUAGCUUUGACAAUAAUAUACAAUUUACCAUGGAAGUAGAAAAGGAUGAUAGUUUAUCUUUUCUAGAUGUGUUAGUCAAAAGAUCAAAUGAUAAAUUGAUAACUGAUUGGUUUGUCAAACCCAUUAGUUCAGGUCGGCUAUUAAAUUGGAAUUCAAAUCAUCCUCGGUCUCAGAAGAUAGGUAUGAUAAAAGGUUUACUUGAUAGAAUGACAAAGUUAAGUAGUAGUGAUUUUUAUGAAAUUAAUUUUAGUAAGAUUCGUAACAUAUUGUUGAAUAAUAAUUAUGAAAUACCAUUAGUAGACAGUGUUAUAAAUAAAUUUAAAGAGAACUUAAAUAAUAAACCAAGGAGUUUGGUCAACUCAAAUAAUAAUAACAUUAGAUAUUGUCGGUUUCCGUAUAUAGCAGAAUUAUCACAUAAAUUAAACAGAGUUUUUAUAGGAACUCAUGUAAGAUUAGCAUUUUAUAACAUCUUGAGAGUUAAUUCAAUCUAUUCUAAGUUAAAAGAUCCAGUAAAUAAACAACAACAAACUGGAAUAGUGUAUAAAAUACCUUGUUCGUGUGACUUAUGCUAUGUUGGACAAACUAGGCAGUAUUUGAGUAAUAGAGUAAAACAACACAUUUAUGAUUGUAAAAAUAUUAAUAUAUUAAAAGAGAAUAAAACAGCAUUAGCAACCCACCACUUUGACCAACAUCAUAAUUUUAAGUUUGAUAAGAUAGAAAUCUUGGAUAAAGAAAUGAAUUGGUGGAAACGUAAUGUUAGUGAAAUGAUCUUUAUAAAAACUAAUGAUACUGUGAACAAACGAACAGACACUAACAAUUUAAGUAUUUUAUAUAAUGAUAUAUUAAAAGAGUAUAAAUCUAAUAGAAAAAAAUAACCUUCAUUUCAGAUAUAUUUGAAUUUGAUACUUAGCGAGGUUUGCGCUAGUAUAAAAUAUUGUAAAGUAUAGUCUAUGUACUGAAGUUUCAAUAGUGGGCUAACCUUUGUCACGCAAUUAGCAAUUUUAUGUGUCGUGUUGGCUUUGUUUCCGGAAUCAAAAAAUAGUAAUUAAAUAAUUUAGUGGCUUUGUAGAUUUGUAUUAGUCUCUGAUGUCUGAGACAAUUGUGCAGUGUAUGAUAGAGAUUAUUUAAAUUCAUAUUAUGGUAAAUAUGGUAGUUUGGACAAUUGUUGUUUUUUGUAUUGUAGGUUAUCAAUUAUGUGUAAUUUUCAGAUGCCUGAUGAAGGUCUAAUAAAAGACCGAAACGUUGCUAAAAUAAUAAUGUAAUUUGUUAUAAUAGUCCUAUCUUGUCCACAUUCCUGAGAUACACGAAAAA